AUGGUUUCCAUGACUUCUCUUCCGUCCCUCCGUGUCGUGUCUCACAGGGAAGUGCCUCCCGAGGUCUACUCUCUGCUGGACGACGUUCCUCAGUCCGAGAAGUGGUGGGAGGCCGUGGAGUUACAGAAGGUGCUGCUGGCGCGCAACAGCCUGACCCACAUCUCAGAGGAGAUCGGCCGCCUGCCCUGCCUCACGUGGCUUGACGUCAGCUACAAUGCCCUGCCCCGCCUGCCUGCUGCUGUCGGCAAGCUAGUGGAGCUCAAGAGUCUGCUGGCGAGCCACAACAAGCUGGAGUGCCUGCCAGAGGAGAUCGGCGGUGCAGCGAACCUGGUCAAGCUGGACGUCUCCCACAACGUGCUGGAAGGCCUGCCUGCUGCUCUUGCCGCCUGCACACUCCUCUCCCACCUUGAGGCCUGCCUGCUGCUCUCGCCGCCUGCACACUCCUCAUCCACCUCGAGGUCCGCCAGCCUCGCUCCUACCUCGUCCCCAUCUCCUCGUUUCCACUGCCUCCCUUGCCUCCUGUUUCGGGGGAAGUUUCUGCUUGGAGCGAGCAUUUUGACAAGCCCAGCGAGUGCUUCCUCUUGUCCCUCCUAUCUUCUGCAGGCAUGCUCCAACCGCAUUGCUUCCCUGCCAGCCUCCUUGGGUGCCUGCACUGCUCUCUCUCAUCUCAAUCUCGAGAACAACCAGCUGCAGAGCAUCCCCUCGCCGCUGCUCUCCUCACUCCGCAACCUCAGGCAUCUCGACCUUGGGCGCAACAAGCUGCAGGCUCUCCCGGACGACAUAGGAGCCCUUUCGUCCCUCCUACACCUCAACGCCUUUCAGAACCGCCUUGUUUCUGUUCCAUCGACCAUCAGUGGCUGCACCUCCCUACUGGAGCUGCACCUGGGGCGCAACAAGCUGAAGCAGCUGCCAGUGGAAAUCGGCCACCUGCCCUCGCUUGUGACGCUCUCUGUGCCCUCCAACAAGCUGAAGGACCUCCCCCCAUCGCUGCGCCGCCUGAGCAUCCAAGCUCUUGAUGUCUCCGACAAUGACCUCCCCACCCUGCCCGCCUGGCUCGGGAGCAUGACAUCGCUGCAGAGGGUUGCAGCAGCAGGCAAUCCCAUCAGAACAAUCCGAAGCACGCUCAUCAACGGACCGGCCAAGAACCUCCUGGACUAUCUCCGCUCUCGCCUCCCUGCUGCUUCCGCUGAUGACCAUGAUUCAGAUACUGCCAGCGCUGCUGCAUCUGCUGCACUGCGUGAGCUGGCUCUAGAAUCACCACCGGCUGCUGCUGCUGCUGCUGAUGCUGCACCUGCUGCUGCUGCUCCUGCCGCUGCUGCUGCUGUGACUGCUGCUGAGGCUGACUCGGUGCCACAGACUUUGCAGUCAAGGCAGUGCGAGGAGAUGAAGAGCGGAUUAGGAGACAGGGUGGAGAGAGCAGGAGGAAUGGAGGGAGGGGUAGAGGGGGAGGGGGGUGCGGUGGCGGCCGCAGAAGCAGCAAUGCUAACGAACUCUCGUCGCUCCUUUCCCUUCCAUCCCAUCCUUCCCUUCCUUCCCCUCCUUUCCCUCCUUCCCCUCCUUCCCCUCCUUCCCCUUCCAUCCCCUCCUUCCCCUCCCAUCCCCUCCUUCCCCUCCCAUCCCCUCCUUCCCCUCCCAUCCCCUCCUUCCCAUCCUUCCCCUCCCAUCCCCCCCUUCCCAUCCCAUCCCCUCCUUCCCAUCCUUCCCCUCCCAUCCCCUCCUUCCCUUCCCAUCCCCUCCACAGACUCUCCAGCUGUCAAAGAAGGGCUUAGCAGAGCUACCACAUGGCAUCGUGGCAUUGGCUGCGGUCAUUGCGAAGUCACAAUGUUCCCCACCGCCAUGCCCCCCGCCAUGCCCCCUGCCAUACCCUCCGCCAUGCCCCCUGCCAUACCCCCCGCCAUGCCCCCUGCCAUACCCCCCGCCAUGCCCCCUGCCAUACCCCCCGCCAUGCCCCCUGCCAUACCCCCCGCCAUGCCCCCUGCCAUACCCCCCGCCAUGCCCUUACAGGAGCUAGACCUGUCGACCAAUAAGAUUGCAGCCUGGCCUUCUCUCGCCCUGCGCUCGCUCCCAUCGCUCCGCACCCUCUCCCUCGCCAACAACCCCGUGGGGCAGGUGAGGCUGGGGCAGGUGAGGCUGGGGCAGGCUUCAUCGCUCCCCAUCCCUCCAGGCUGCCCCUGA